AUGAAUUCCAUCAAAGUGUUGGUACAUUCAUUUGAUAAUAUUCUUCCCAAUUCAGUUUCACAGAAUUCAGAACAGUAUGACAAAAAUGUUGAACAGAUAAAUGAAUUAGACCGAGCGGAGGAUGAAACAGCAGAUGCAGAAGAUUCAGAAGAUGCAGAAGAAGAACAAAAUUCCCAACUCAAGAAAAACUCAGGGUCAUUUGUAUCAAAACAGACCGCGUUAGAAGAAGAGGGACUUAACGAGGAAUCAUGUAAAGUACUCGAGAAAGAUCGACAGCAUUUGAAGGAAAAGUUGACCGCGGUGAAAAUAGAAGAAAAUGAAAAUAGUCUUCGAACUACUGGUUACCAUAAGAAUAACCUAGGGGAAGAAGAAACAAAAAAAACAAAAGAAGCAGAAGAACAAGAUGAUGAUGAAGAAGAUGAAGAAGAAGAAGAUGAAGAAGAAGAAAACGCAAUCACAAAUAGUGAAGAGAUUAAUUUAAUUGGACUGGAAACACGUCUCAACGAUGCAACAUUGGUUGAUCAACCAGAGUCGGCUUACUCAGUCCUUUUAUCCAUUUUAUACACCAUGUGGACAAUCAUAUCUUUCCUUCCAAAGUAUCUUAUUGUGAAACCCAUAACUCUUGCGUUUAAGAUUAUCCUAUACCCAUUUGUAUUGAUCAAGGCAUCUCUUGGAUUUGGCGAUAAACAGCUGAUUGAAUCACCACAAUUCCCAUUUAAUGAAAAAGAAUCAACUUAUGACUCCAGUAACCAAGAAGACGAAGAAGAAGAAGCCGAUGAUCCUCUUGUCACUAGAGAAAAACCUUCAUCGUCGUCGUCGUCGUCGUCGACGUCUUCAUCAUCUUUUUCUUCCUCCUCCCCCACUCCAUUAUCUCCAUCGAAGCAACGACGGGGUGAACUUGAGAAUCUACUGGAACAAGAUGAAUACCAGCACGAUGACGACGAUGUUGAAGAUAAAAAAUUACGACAACUAAAGAAAGAUAGCAUAAUGGCAAAUGAAGUCAAGUCUCCUACAUCAUUUUCCAAGUACUUGAUACCUCCCCCUAUUCGGUUGUAUCCGUUAUCACGAAACCCACAUAAGAAAAAUAAGAAAAAGAUACUUAUUCUUGACUUGGAUGAAACACUUAUCCAUUCUCUAUCUCGGGGCUCGCCUCGAUCAUUCCACUCGAGUGGAUCACAUUGCAAGAUGAUUGAAAUCAGAAUCAAUAACAUGUCCUCCCUUUAUUAUGUCCACAAACGUCCAUAUUGUGACUAUUUUCUACGAGAAAUAAGUAAAUGGUUUGAGUUGCAAAUAUUUACGGCUAGUGUUAAGGAGUAUGCUGACCCCAUCAUCAACUGGCUUGAAGAAGAAAUCAGCGAUUCUUUGAACAAGCAGAAGAAUUUACAACAGAGUGGCGGUGGUCACGGCGGUGGUCACGGCGGUGGUUCUCUCAAAUCAACGCGUCAAAAGAUAUUCACAAAACGAUAUUAUCGAAACAAUUGCAGCUAUAGACCUGGGGUAGGUUACAUCAAGGACCUAUCAAAAUACAUCCGUGACGACGAGUUGAAAAAUGUAAUGAUUUUGGACAAUUCACCAAUCAGUUAUGCUUUGCAUGAAGACAACGCUAUUAGCAUCGAGGGGUGGAUCAAUGACCAAAACGAUCGAGACCUUUUAAACUUGCUCCCGCUUUUGCAUAGCUUGAGUCUUUGUAUUGAUGUGCGGUUUAUUCUUGGAUUAAAGAAUGGGGAGAAAUUGUUUGAAUCAUGA